AUGUACCCCAAUUCGUCCAUGUACCCGAGGAUAUCGUCCGCCUUGACGAUGGUGGUCUCCCUUGACCUGGGUGUAGUUCUCGUAAGCCUCGUCACCCAUCUCUCUGCCAAUACCACUCUGCUUGUAUCCUCCAAAUGGAACAGACUGGUGGAAGUCGGAGUAAGUGUUGAUCCACACGGAACCGGCCUCAAGUCUGUCGGAAACAUACAGAGCCUUGUGGAUGUCCUCGGUGUGGAUACCAGAACCAAGACCGAAGUCGGAGUCGUUGGCCUUCUCGAUCACCUCGUCGACGGUCUUGAAUGGCAGCACAACAGCAACAGGACCAAAGAUCUCCUCCUGGGUCAGCUCGCUGUCUUGAGGAACGUCGUAGAACACGGUUGGCUCGACAAAGUAUCCCUUGUUGCCGAUUCUGUUACCUCCGGUCAGCAGCUUGAGGCUGGUCUUCUUUCCGAUGUCGAUGUACUUGAGAACCUCGUCGAACUGGUCUGGGGUGGUCUGGGCACCCUGGUAGGUGCCUUGCUCGAAUGGGUUGCCAACCUUGAGCUUCUCGACAGCAGCCUUGAACUUCUGCAGGAAACUGUUGUACCAUUCAGGGUUGGUGGCCUGGAUGUAGAUUCUGGAACCGGCACAGCACACCUCUCCACCGUUGAAGAAAAUACCGGUGAUGAGGUUCUGGAUGGCCUCUUCCUCGUUACAGUCCUCAAACACGAUGUUUGGCGACUUUCCACCCAAUUCCAAGGUGACCUUCUUGAUGCUCUUGGCACACUCGGUCAUGACGUUCUUACCGACACCGGUGGAUCCGGUGAAGGCGACCUUCUUGACCAAUGGGUGGUUCAAGAUGGCGUUACCGCAGCCUCUGCCGCUUCCUGGAAUCACGUUCACCACACCGGCUGGAAUUCCGGCCUCCUUGACAAGCUUACAAGCGUACAGGUUGGACAAUGGGGUGGCGGAAGCAGGCUUCAAAACAACACAGUUACCGGUGGCAAGAGAAGGACCGAUCUUCCAGGCAAACAUCAUCAAUGGGAAGUUCCAUGGGGUGAUGGCACCGCAAACACCAAGAGGCUCUCUCUUGGUGUAGGUCAUGUGGCUGUAGCCGGUGUCGAUCAAUCUGCCGUCCUUCUUCUCACAGAAUCCAGCACACGAUCUGAGGUAGUUGAUCACAAUGUUCAAAUCCCAUUGGGCACAUUGCAACGACUUACCGUUGUCCAAAGAUUCGAUCUGGGCAAGAAGGUCUCUGUCCCUCUCAACAAGGUCGGCGAGCUUCCACAAGAGUCUGGCUCUUUCUGUUGGGUUGACAAACUUCCAGGACUUGAAAGCCUUGUAAGCGGCGUUGACAGCAAUAUCAACGUCCUCGGCCUCGGCCUGUUGGACGUCGCAAAGGAGGUCUUCGGUGAUCGGCGAACUGGGAAAAAAUUAGCUUGCUGGGAUCCUGCAAUCCGCGCCCCCGGGUGUAACGGAAAGCAAACAUGCACCCCACUGCGGGGUGCAGUUCUUCGGAGUUUGGACCCCCUGUUACAAAUCACGUCACUAGACCCAGAACAACAUCAAGCUACAUUGUCGGCCCCCGUGGAGCUGAGUUUCCCGCUGGUCCCAACAAUUCCGAAAAAAGAAAUCAUAACUUUAUGGGUUAUUCGGAUCUUUGCCGUCCCGGUAAUACAUACUUAUCUCCACCCUGCAUCUAGCGAAGCAUCUCGUCCACGUUAUCGUCCCCCCGGUACUGGUAUUGCAGUUGUUGGUGUUGGUGCAGCAGCGCAAUGUCGUAGAGCUGUUCCUGCUGGUUCUGCCCUGAGCUCGACUCCGUCUGCGCCGCCCGCGUCGCCAGCUCCACAAUCUCGUUCGUGUCCAGCGGUUCCUGCUUGA